AUGAUCUCUAUAUUACACUCUUUGGUCCUCCUUUUAUCGUUCUCCCUCUCUGUGCUUGCCACACCAACAAGUAUCGACAGAGAUACCAAUGCCUACAGACUCUCUCGUGGUCUGCCAUUGAAGAAGCCUCUAAACCCGUUCAAUGCUACUAGGACAGCCGCUAAAAGACAACAACCUUCGGGUGCACCCCAGACGGGUAACUAUGUAGUCACUUAUGACAAUCCCGCAAGGAGGAAGAGAUCUGGUAACAUGUAUAUCGCUCCGAGCUCAGCUAUCGGUAUUCUCACUACUACUUAUGAUCAAACUUCAGCUGCGUUGAUCAAGACUCCAGGAACAGGUGCAUUCUCCGAUUCCACCAUCCAAAUUUACAACCCCACUACCGCAACUUGGCAAUACAUAUAUUCGCCCAAAUUGAGUACCGGACCGAGUGGUUACGAUGUAAGCUACAUUACCUCAUCGACCGCUUUUAGCACAUACAAGCAAUCUGCUUCAGGUGUAUUCGGAUACAAUUGGGUAGCUUCCGAUACCCAAUACAGCUUCACACCUCAAAUGUAUGUCGGUUCAUACGCUGGUUAUACUGUGGUUGUAGGCGGAUACAAAACAAGUGAUCUCACAAAUUUCGGAAUCACAAAUAUCGAACCUGUUACAAUUACUUUCACCACUGAGGUCGAGACCAACCCAUGCCUGGGAAGAAAGAGAUGUUAA